UGUGGGCGGGUUUAGAACUUUAGAUAGAUUCCACGGGCGCGCUUGAUGCGAGUUUUUGCUCCACCCACCCGACCCAUUGCUAUCCUACCUGCCAGCGAACCUGUCUCGUCUCCUUGUUGCCCACGUGGCCUCGCCGUCGCCGCGAGCUCCACCUUCCUCAGCUCUGCCCCGAGCGCGAUGUGGCGAGCGACGAGGCGGUCUCCGCCGUUCCUGCGAUGGCUAUCGUCGGACGCAGCCUCCUCUAAGGCGCCGCGGCAGCGCGUAGCGGCGCUGUGGGGGAACGGUGACUACGGGCGGCUGGGGCUGGGCUCGCUGGAGUCGCGGUGGAGCCCCACGGUUUGCCCCUUCUUCCUCGCCCGCGCCGCCGACCCGCCCGCCUCCCUCGCCUGCGGCGGCGCACAUACCCUCUUUCUCACCCAGAAUGGGCGAGUGUUCGCUACAGGGCUGAACGACUUUGGGCAGCUGGGGAUAGGAACCUCUGUUACACAUAUGCUGGAGCCUGUUGAAAUUUCUGGAUUUCACGAAAGAGUUGUAGAAGUUUCAGCUGGCAACCAUCAUUCUUGUGCAGUCACCGCGGAUGGUAAGCUCUUUGUUUGGGGCAGAAACUCAGGUGGCCAGCUUGGCCUUGGUAAAGGGGCAGGUAAAGUAGUUUCUACCCCAACAAAGGUUGAUUGUUUGACUGACCUCAGAGUAAAAACGGUUGCUCUGGGAUCAGAGCAUUCAAUUGCUGUUACAGAGGAAGGUGAAGUCUUGAGUUGGGGAGCUGCUGGUUCUGGUAGGCUCGGACAUGGCCGUCAAUCUAGCAUCCUGGGAUUUUCUCUGACCUCAACUGAAUAUACUCCAAGAUUGAUCAAAAACUUUGAUGGUAUCAAGAUUAAAAAGAUAGCUGCAGGAAUGUUGCACUCAGCUUGCAUUGAUGAAAAAGGUACUUUGUUCAUAUUUGGGCAGAAGACUGAGAAGGGAUUUGGAAGACCGAACGAAGAAUUCAGACCAAAUAUUGUUGAAGAGAUACCAUUUUCAGAAGAAGUUGCUUGUGGAGGUUACCAUACUUGUGUUGUAACAGAUAGCGGUGAUCUGUAUUCUUGGGGUUCAAAUGAAAAUGGCUGCCUUGGUCUGGGAGGUACGGAUAUGGUCCGCUCUCCGGAAAUUUUGAAAAGUUCUCUAUUUAAACUUCCUGUAUCUAAGGUAUCUUGUGGUUGGAAGCACACAGCUGUAGUUUCAGCUAUACGCUAUCGCUGUGCUCUGAGCACCUCAAAACAUCCAGGUGAUGACAUCUACACAUGGGGUUGGGGAGGCGCCAAUGGGACUUUUUUCGAAGAGGGCCAUUCUUCCGGUGGACAGCUGGGACAUGGAAACGACGUAGACUAUUUUGAGCCUAUGAUGGUUCCCUUUGGCACGAAUGCAAGAGCCGUCCAUGUAUCGUGUGGCUUCAAUCAUACUGGUGCAAUUUACGAGUGCUCCGAGGACUUUGACUGACGUGCCACCUGCAGACAGCAGAUCCGCAUGUCUUGGAGACUUAGGUUAGUUAUCAAAUUAUACUCGCUAGAAGUGCAUAUAAACAGCAUAAAUAAGCUCUGAUGUUGGACCUGCAUUUAUGUGAAGAGAAAUAUAGAACAAGUGAUAACACCCCUGAGAGGGGGAUGUAAAUUAAACAGAAUAAGGGAUGAACUGGAUGCAUUUUGUGAUGCAUCAGAGUUACUUGCCAGUGUAUAGCAUUUCUUCAUUUAUUGGCUGGUUCUGUAUUAUUUUGCCAGGUACUAAGAAAUCCAUUGCCUGAUGUCUCAGCAGGCUGUUUGUGUA